AUGAUGGCGACUGCUGCUGCCCCGCCAGUACAAGAGAAAGAAUAUGAAGACUGGUCCUUUCUACCUCUGGUCCACGAUAUUUUAAAAUGCAUGGACAAGGAUAGUCAAGAUGUCCACCAAGAGCUUGCAAAGUUAAAGUCCAAGAUCCAGGAUGCUCGGGAGCAGAUCUCCAACAUGCCCGGUAUCGAUUGCAGCCCUGUGGAACAGCAGCAGCAGCUCUGCACGCUGCGGGAGCAGGUGCGCACCAAGAACCAGCUGCUGCACAAGUAUAAAGGCCUUUGUAUGUUUGAUGUUCCCAAAGCAUCAUGA